AUGAAGUGCACAGCAGCAGCAGAGCCUAGCCGCAGCAGCAGCACUCCCUUGGAUGCGCAGCAAGAAGCAGCAGCAGCACCAGCAGCAUCAGCAGCAGCACCGGGACCGUCAUCGCCAGCAGAAGCAGCAGAAGCAGCAGAAGCAGCAGCAGUAGCAGCAGCAGCAGCACCUGCUGCGCCUUUAACAUUGCACAAUUCGAAGCAACACAAUCAGCAGCAGAAUGUGUCUGCAGCAGAGGAAUAUAUGCGCACACCAGCCAUAGCUUCUUUGCUGCUGGUUCCGAGCUUGAAUGGGGCAUCAGCAGCAGCAGCAGCAGCUUCUGCUGCUGCUGCUGCUGGCAGUGCGCAGCAGUCGGAAAUAGAUACAGGUAGCAGCUGGCCGCAGCUGCAGCAAGACACCGAUAUGGAGCUGAGGACCCCGCAGCAGCAGGUGCAACAGCAGCUGCAGCAGCUACAGCUGCAGCAGCUGCAGCAGCUGCAGCAGCACUUGCAGCAGCAGCUUCAGCAGCAGGCUCGACAGCAGCAACAGCAGCAGCUGCAGCAAGGGCCAAACAGUAGUUCAACACACGGCUGCGAGCAGAGCCUGCUGCUGCAGCAGCUGCAGCAGCUGCUGCAGGUGCCCCGCACAGAAGGGCCCCCUCUUGUGUCUCUUCUGUCUCAGCCAAGCAGCAAACACAACAAGAGGCACCGCCAACAACGCAGACAGCGGCAGCAUCGGCGGAGGCAGCAGCAGCAGCAGCAGCAGCAGCAGCCCCAGCAGCACCCGCAGCGGACGUCGCAGCAUGAGCAGCAGCAUAUACAGCAGGAUGAGCUGCAGCAGCAAGACUUACAGCAGCGAGAGGAACAGCAGCAGCAGCAGGAACAGCAGCAACAGCAGCUGAAGCAGCAGCCUUUCCCUGCAGCAGAAGAAGCCCUACUCAUGCUUGUGGACGCCCCGGCAGCAGAUGGCUGGCGCUCUCAGCAGCAGAAGCAGCAGCAGCCUCAGCAGCAGAAGCAGCAGCAGAAGCAGCAGCAGAAGCAGCAGCAGAAGCAGCAGCAGAAACAGCAGCAGAAGGAAGGGGAGAAAGAAGCAGAGCAGCUAGACCAGCAAGAGCUGCUCCAGCAAUUAGUAGUUAUGCCGCAGCGACUACAGCCGCUGCAGCAAAAGCAGCAAACGGGCAGCAGCAGCAGCAAACAGUCUCUCAACAGGCGCAGCAGCAGCACCUUGAGCAGUAGCACCGCAGCAGCAACAGGCAGCUGCAGCAGCACCGGCGGCCGCAACAGUACUAGCAGCCUGACGGCUUCUGCUGGUUCUAUUCCUGCUGCUGCUGCUGUUGCGCCCGCUGCUAUCCCUGGAAGCAGCAGCAGCAGCAUAGAGGAGGCCGCGGAGAUAUCAGAUGUGCUUCCGCUGCUUCUGGGCAUGUCAUUAGGUGGACGAGCAGCAGCAGCAGCAGCGCCAGCAGCAGCAGCAGCAGCUCCUUGCAUCCCUUCCUCUCCUGCGCAUGCAUAUCCAUCUGGGCGCAGCCACAGCCACGCGACCCCUAGCAGCAGCAGCAGCAGCAGCAGCAGCAGCAGCAGCACGCGAUCUCGCCCUUCUCUGUCUCUUCCUUCGCUGCAGCAGCGCAUGCAGAAGACAAAGAUGUGCCGAUUUCAUUCUCAGGGUUGCUGCAGCAAGGGGCCCCUCUGCGUCUUCGCACAUGACGAGAAAGAGUUAAGAGAGAGGCCUAAUCUGCUGCGCACCCGUCUCUGUCCUUUCAUGCUGCUCUCAUUACCAGGUGUAUCUGCAGUAGGAGCUGCAGAAGCAGGGGGGCCCCCUCAACUUUCUUCUCUAUCUUCCCCUGCUGCUGCUGCUGCUGCUGCUGCUGCUGCUGCUGCUGGUGCUGGUGCUGGUGUUUCUGGCGGUGCAGGGGGCCCCCAGCAGCAACAGGGUACACGGGGGCCCCCCUACUGCAGCAGAGGAGAUGCAUGCAAGUUUGCCCAUUCAUUAGAAGAGCUUAGGUCUACCCCUGAAUUUUUUAAAACUGCUGUUUGCCCUCUGCAUGCAGCAGGGGGCCCCCACGGCUGUCCUUCAGGGGCCUCCUGUCGCUUCGCGCAUGGUGAGGCAGAGCUGCGCCCGAGGCCUCAUGCGGGGCCCCCUCCAAGACAAUCAGCAGCAGCAGCAGCAGCAGCUGCUGCUGCUGCUGCUGCUGCUGCUGGGGCUGCUGGGGCACCUGCACCUGGAGGGAAAGCGGCAUCAAGCACCCCAGCUGCUGCAACAGGAACUGCUGCUGCUCCUGCUCCUGCUGCUGCUCAUACACAUACAAGAGCAAGCUGGGGAGGUAGGGGGGCCCCUACGGGGCCCCAGGGGCUGUGGGGUGUGAAGGAGACGGGAGACAGCAGCAGUUUAUGGAGAGGCCCCCGUCAGAGCAGCAGCAGCAGCAGCAGCAACAGCAACAGCAGCAACAAGAGAGACGCUUGGCAGCGGAUCCGUAGAGAAACCCAUCCCCCCGCAAGUAUAGAUUCGCAGCUCAGCCCUGCUGCUGCUGCUGCUGCUGCAGAACACAAGGAGCCCCCGAUGUACAGAGUAUCGGAUGCAGCAUCUCUCAAGUGGCGCAAAUCGCAGCAGCAGCAGCAGCAGCAACAGCAGCAGCAGCAGCAGCAGCGGCAGGCCGAGUUGGCUGAAGAGUGGCUGCAUGCAGAAGGCAUAGGGGGUAGUAACAACGACAGCAGCAUCUGCAGCAGCAACAUAGGAGAAGGAAGCUGGGGGUUGGGGGCCCCACAGGCCCCUUUUGACCCGCAGCAUGCGCUGCAGGAGUUGCUUAUUUAUGCGCUACAGCAGCAGCAACAGCAACAGCAGCAGCAGCAACAGCUGCAGCUGCAGCAGCAGCUACAGCAGCAAUUGCAGCAGCAACUGCAGCAGCAGCAGCAAAACCACUUCGAUCUUUCAGGAGUGACGGCUCUUAUAGAGUCUUUAGGAGGGGGCGCGCGCCUCUCGCAUCAUCCCUUUGGCGGCAGCAACAACAGCAGCAGCAGCAGCAACAGUAGCAGCAGCAGCAACACUCUGCUGCAGCACCCAGCAGCAGCUGGAAGCUGGCUGCCUGCCUCAUUAGAUGAAAGAGUAAUGGGGGGCCCCCCAGCAGCAAGACAGCAGGGGCCCAUAGACAUAGCUACAGCAAUAGCUGCUGCUGCUUGCAGCAUGACACAGCAGCAAGUGGAGCAGCAGCAGCAGCAGCAGGAGCUGCUUCAGCAGCAGCAGGGGCUGCUUCAGCAGCAGCACGAGUUGCUGCUGCAGCAGCCGCAGCAAUCAUUUGUGGUACAGAGCGAAGUGUUGCCCACGGCGGAGCCUCUUAGCAGCAGCAGCAGCAGCAGCAGUAACAGCAGCAGCAACAGCAGCAGUAACAGCAGCAGCAGCAGCAGCGAUCUGAAGCAGAUAGGAGGGACCCCAGCAGAAUUUGCCUCCGAGUCUUCUACUGUCUGCCCCGUCUCCAUAACAACUGUCUGCAUUCAAAGCAACAAAGACUUCAAGUAG